AUGAGAACGAUUCCGCUCAAGCUGCCGCAGGGCGGGAGCGAGCUCCUCACUCUCCUGGAGCGACACUGCAGCGAGCACUACGGACGUCACCAGCUUGACGGCGUGCGCCCGAUUCUGCAGAAAUGGGCGCGCCUUAGGAGCGAUAUCGCGCGAGCCUCUCCGCGCGCAGGCUCGCUGCGGCUUCUCUCCCUCCAGCGCACGUACCUGAGUCUCUGCGUGCUUUUGGAGCGCCACUUCGCCUCCGCAUCGCUGUCGCUGCCCGGCGGCUUGCCCGCCUGGAGCAGCAGUCUGUCGUGCACCCCGUCGCGCGCAUCGUCGCCCACGGCGUCGCCCCAGUCGGCUCCUGCGCACGCCUCGGCGGCUGCGCCUGUCUCCGCUCCGGGCUCGCCGUCGCCGCCGCGGAGGCCGUCGCCCGGUGCACCGGGGCCGCUGGACUUUUGGAGCUUCGAGAAGGCGUGUGCGAUCUUCAACUGCGCGGCGUGCCUGGCGAACGCGGGGCUAUUUGUCAGUCGAGAGAGACUCGAGGAGUUCCAGGAGGCUCUCGACCGUUUCCUCAAAGCUGGUGCGAUUCUUCGUCUCCUGCGCGAGACUCUUCCCUCGCUCGUUUUGGCGUCUUCGAAGGGAGAAGAAGACGCUGCGCUCGCCCAUGCGUGUCCGGAGUUCUCGUUCCACGGACUCACGGCCUACAUUUUUAUGCUUCAAGCGCAGGCACAGUGCGUGUCUUACGAGCGCGCCCUCCGCGAGAAACUGGGGAAGAGUCUGCUUUCCAAGCUAGCGAGCCAAGUUGCCUCCUUCUAUGCCUCUGCGCUCUCUCAUCUUCAGCGCGUAGACGACGAAUUUACGAGCUCGACCCCCGCACCAGCGUUUUCUUUGUUCUCGUCGCGCUCUUCGGGAGGCCUCGGGAGCAGCACUGGGGCUCUCUCUGCGUCGCAGACUGAAGCUGCAGUUCUCGCGCAGUGGCUCAGGACUCAGGAGCUCGCGUACCUCGCAGCUGCACACUUCCAGAUGGCGCGGCACGAGCAGGAACGCGUCGAGGCCGAAGGGGAAGGCUACGGACGGCUGGUGGCGCGCCUGCGCGUGUCCCGCGAGCUCUUGAGUCAAGCAUCGGACCUCGUGGAGGCGCAUGCUCUGAAGUGCAACUUGAACGGCUUGCUCACACACAUCGUCUCCGCCCAUGCUCAAACCGAAAGAGACAACUCCAUGGUGUAUCUCGAGGCUGUUCCCGACCCCUCUCGGCUGGCGCCUCUGGAGCAAGUCUGUUGCAUCGAGCUCCCGGAAAUAUCUCUCAAGGACUUGAUGGAACCCGACGACGUGGCCGCGCAGCUGCUGAGUCAGCUUAUCCCCAGUUCGGUGCGGCUCAAAGCCGACGAAUACAGAACCAAGCAUCGUUCGGCUGUUCGCGGACUGAAGCGCCAAGCCUCUGACGAGCUCGCGCGCGUCUCAGCCUUUCUGGUGUCGCACCAACUCCCAGGAAGACUUCGAGAGAAGCUUCAGAGUCUGGAAGAGGCAAAAACGUCAAUGAAGCCCCGGACGGAAGCGCCGGCCGUCGAGGUCCCGACGCACCUCUGGGGUCUGCUGCAGUCGAUCCAAGCCGCUGGAGGGCUUGAGGCGUUCGAGCGUCAGCACCAUCUGCUCACGCAGGCCGCCGCGGAGUCGCAGCUUCAGCUGCGAGAAAUCGCCGAUCUUCUUAGACGAGAAGAAGGGACCGACGUCGCGUUUCGGGAGUGCCUUCACGACGCGAGCGGCUGCACGGCCGCCACUCGCCGAUUCAGCCUGCAGCCCACGUCGAGGUUGGAGGGGCGCGAAGGAGCCGACGCAGAGGACGCCCUGGGAGAGGACUCGCUGAUGCUUCUGUUGCCUGCGUCGGAGCUGGCAGCGCCUUUCAAGCUCUCCCUCGAAAAGUAUCAGAGCAAGGCCGAGCAAGCGCAGACUGCGAACCUUUCGCUCGCCACGAAGCUGCGUCAGGCCGUCUCCGCGCUUCCUCUCUCCUCGCCGUCUCCGUCGCCUGCAGCGUCUCCGUCAUCGUCCCCGGCCUCGACUCGCCCGCAGCCGUCCAGUCCGCCGCGAACGGCCGCCCGCUCUCCCGCGUCGUGCGCCGCCUCGUCGGCGCCAGUGAGUAUACGGGAAGUGCUUCGGUGCAGAUUGCCCUCGGAUCUGACGACCCUUCUGCAGCCGCUGCUACGUCUGCGCUGCGAGAGCCGCCAACCGCUCGAGGAGACGAGGCGCGAAGACGCGGCCUUCGCCGCGAAGGCGAACGACCGGGAGGCCCGGCUAAGCGCCUUCCGCGACGCUUUGGCUGACCUCGAGACCGCCGUCAACGCGCUCCAGCAAGACAGCGAGGCCGUGAAAGAUGAUGUCGAUAUCGAGUCGAUUCACAGUCUCUUGCUUCGCGCCCGCCAAGAAGGCGAACCGUUUGAUGCCGCGCUGUCUCGCGUGGAAGCCGACGCCCUUCUGCCUCAGCAAGAACGCACCGCCGAGCUCUGCAGGUGCGUCCUCAACCGUCUGCAGAACGCGGCGUCUCUGUGGGACGCGGUGGAGGCAUCAGAGGCAUCGCUGCGUCUCCUGGAGCGCGCGUCCGAAGCCGUCAGGGCGAGCGCCGUGCGCGAAGCCGCCGAGUGGACCUUCCGCGAGCUCGAGGACCGUGCACGGCUCUUGCUUCUCCUUCAGCAGGAACAAGAAGAAGGCGUGGACUUCUUCUGCCAGCUGCGAAACUGUCUGCGGGCACUCCGAGAGCAAAUCGUAGACUGGCGCGCGCAGAGAGAAGAGGAGCGGACCCGCCUGCUCGCCGCGCGCCGGGCUCGCCUGUCCCAAGGCAAUGGCGCGCAGGGCAACAAGCGAGACGCGGCGGGCGGAGAAGAGAAAGGCGCGGUCGCUGAACUGACCAGUAGCGAAGGGGACGAUCGCGAGACUAGGCUGAGCCGGGAGGGCGCGCUGCCGGAACAGGGCAGCCCCGCACCAGCCGCUCACAACCUCGCGCAGGACCCCGUUUGGGAGGCCGCGAGGACGCCUUCGCCUCGCGCUUCCUUUUCGCCGAUGCUGUUUGUUGCGGGCUCUUCUCCGUCGGCGGCUGCCUCCUGCUUCCCGCAGGCGUGCCCGCCCUUCUCGCCGUCAAAAAGCCACACGCGCACAGGCAACGAGGAGGGCGCCCUGGGCGCACCGCCACGCUCUGAAGGGGGGGCGCGCUUGCUCCGCGAGUCAGAGGAGGGAUCCUGCAGGCUCGGCGGUCUUCCGUUUUCUGUAGAUCGUCAGCGACGCCGCUCGUCACCAGGGAGGAGCGCGGCCCUGGGCGCGUCUUCGACUGCAGCAGCGCUCUCCUCUUCGGGGUCUGUGCCUCCGGCGGCGCCCGGUCUCCUCUCGUCGCCGGAGGCCGGGUCGUCGCCGCCGUCGGGUGAAGACUCCUUUGACCUUGCACUCGAUCGCAGCAGCAUGGCUUUUUCGGUUUUCCUGCCUCCGGGGCCUCCGCUCCCACCCUUCCCUGACUAUCCGUCGGCGGCAAGCCCAGGCGCCGGUAAGAUGGACGGCACGGAGACAGAGCGUACGCAAGUGACGGCCCCCGAGGGCGAAGGCAAAGCCGCGCGCGCGGCCGAAAGCGCAGCGUGUGAUCUGGAGGCGACCACGGCGACGGACCUUCUCCUCGACGAGCAAGGCUAG